UUCGAACAGAAUGCAAUUAUAAUGGGCUUCUCAUUUAUUUUUUUAGCAUUUAAUGUUAUGUGCUCAAUGUGCUCUGCGCGAUUCCUUAAAUCAGAAACGUCUGUUAAGUAAGGAAGGAAAAGAGUGCAAGGAAAAGUGUUACAGCAAUCCUCCUGAGAAACCAGGUCAAUGUGGAAAUGAAUCAAAUCCAUUUUAUGAAAACUGCAUUCAUGAAUGUGAUUCUCACAAGGACUGUCCUGCCUUGGAUCUUUGCUGCAGGAAUGAAUGUGGAAAAACUUGUCAAAUGCCAGUAAAUCUGGAAAAUACACCAGGGUUGCCGAAUAUUCCAACCAAUGUCACAAUUUCAAAAAGUCUUGACUUGAGUACUAUGUUGGUUGAUUGGGUGCACCCAGGAGAAUCAAUGUUCAUAGUGGAAACCAAAGAGGCGUCUGGUCCUUGGCAAACAGCACAUAAGACUCCACGAUUAUCUCAUCCAGUGAAGAUCUCUAUCCAGUCUGGAGUAGAGUAUGUGGCACGAGUAGCAGCUGUCAAUGAUUUGGGUUCUAAAGGCUUCUCUAUCCCAUCUAAUCCAUUCACGCUUCAUCUUGAGGCAAAGCCACCAGAAAUGCCAGAAAACCUAAGUUUUAAAGGUGUUUUAAAAAAUGGAAGUGUAUCUGGACUCUUUAGCUGGCAAUUGCCACGAUCUGACCAACACAUCUCGAGGUACCUUGUUGUGUGGACCCAAAGGAUAGCUGAUGAAAAAGCACCUCUCAAUAAAGGUUCAAAAGAAGUUCAUCGGAAGACAAUUCCACAUGGAUCGCAAUAUGUUAUCACAGGACUGGAAAAAAACUGUGAAUACAAUGUGGUAGUUAAAGAAAUAUCAGACAUGAAAGCAUAUCUACUCCUUUUUAUAAUCAUAAGUUCAACAAUAGUGACGGAAAGUGCAAGAGGAGGAGGUGGCGGUCGCAUGGGUGGCAAAGGAAGAGGUGGUCGAAGGAAUACGUAUGGUUCGAGAAUGCCAAUAUUGAUCAGACACAGAAAUCCAGCUAGUGCAAGUUAUUAUGAACACAAAGAUGGUGCCCGCAUAGUGAAAGCAUCACAUUUUGAACUUGAUUACAUGCUGGGUAGAAAAAUUACUUUCUUCUGUAUGGCUCAGGGAUAUCCAAGACCACAAAUAACCUGGUUCAAAGAUGGAAUUGAACUCUAUGCCCACAAAUAUUUCCAAGUCAUGAAGAGGGAGGUGGUAGUUUUGAUCCUCUUGCUCUUGAUUUCCUCCUCCUUUGGACAAAGAAGAGGUGGUGCAAGAGGUGGUAGAAGAACUAAGAGCAGAACUCAAUUAGGACUUCCUGUGACUGGAAAAUAUCGGGAUCCUGAAUCAGAUCAAUACUACAAUAAUAACAAUGUGCAUGAAUGGAGGAUGGGCAAGGAUAAAGUGAAAUCCAAGUUAGAAAUAGAUCCUGCGACACAAAUGGAUGCUGGAGUGUAUGAGUGUACAGCAGAUAAUAUGUACUCUAUUGAUAGAAGAAGUUUUAAGACUGAUUUCAGCAUUGCUUUUGAUUAAAUAUAGUUUGUAUUUCUAACUUUCAGUGAAUAUUAAUUACUGUUUACUGUCUGUGUUUGAUUUUAUCUAGUUUAAUAUUAGUUGCAUCAAUAAAAUAAUUUGUUAUUUCGAAUAACGUAUCUUUGUAAAAUUUAUCUUAAAAAGAAAAAAAAUAAUCACUUAUUCUCUGUGAUUAUAGCAAGGGUUAAAAAAAAUAUAAAUGAGAGGGUUUAAAGUACAAAUUUUUAUAUUUUUCUUGUAUAGUUUAUAUAAUUUUCUCUGAGUAAAUUUCAAAUUUCUCAGUUGUGAUAAGAAUGGAUAUAUUUUUCUAAUAUUUAAAUGUUUCAAGGCUAAGUGUGAAUGAAGAACAAGGAUGAUGUUAGUUUUAAAAUUUUAUUGAGAACAUAGAAUGUUUUAAAAAUCCGAUAAGUUCUUUUAGCUUUAUAUUUUAUUAUAUUAUUAGAAUUUAUGACUGUAAGUUAAAAAUUGCAAGAAGGAAAUAAGAUAAAUAAUUUUACGAGGUACUGACCACCAGUCAUUCUCAAAUUCAUAUUAAUAUUUGUUUAGGAAUAAAAUAAAUGUCUAUCUUUCAUAUAUCUUAUUUUAUCUAUGUUACAUUUGCCAAAUAUUAUAAUUUGGUAUAUUUAUAAAUAUAUUAUAAAAACAUCAUAAGAUAAACGUAAUGUAUGGUUUAUUUCCAAUGAAAUUUAAUAAACUAAAAAAAAAAAAUAAUGAGGAUGACAAUCAGGAUAUACACGAUUAGGCUUGAAACCUUUUGACCGAAGCAUAUGGGUCAUCAUCAGGGAAAAUGGUUUGCUUGUAGCUGGACUAGACAGUAACUAUUACCCUGAUUAUGAACUUCUUGCUUGUGUCAGAACUUCACAAGCCUAAUAAGCUAUAUAUAUAGACUGCAAAUCUUGGCUAUUGGUCAUUCUCAUAGUUUCAAAAUAAACGCUUAUCAAUAAAUCCAUCUCUAAAGGAAAUCAUUUUUUUUUCUUGAUAUUCUAUCCCUUAAGAUUCUCUUAACAUGUUAUCUGACCAAAUGAUUACUAUCAAUUACAAAAGAACUCUACAGAAUCAGCUCUGCAAAUUAACAGUUGGUAAUCAGAAAAUAAAUGUUAUCAAAGUUGAUGAAUAUAUUUUUGAUUCAACAAAUCUUGACCUCUGAACUUAAAGGAAUUAAUAAGAUAACAAACAACAAAUAAAUUACUAUAGUGUGAAGUUUGAUAUUUACAUGUUUAUAUAUACAGUGGUGGCAAAAAGUAUUUGCACAUCUAGUUUUUAUAAAACUAUUGGUCAUCAGGGAAAUAAUAAUCCACUGAGCUUCACAUUAAUAAAAAGUAUAUUUAAAACUAAAACAGUUCUAUAUGUGAACAGUAAUUAACUUUUUAGAUUAAUGGAGAAAUUUUUUAAAAAUAAUGAAAUUCUCAGGCAUACUUCCGAUUAUUUUGAGAAUAAAUAUAAAUUUAAUAUUUCCUAAAAAUUCCAUUGACACCAAUAAUUGCCUGUAGACGUCUGGGCAUGGAGUGGACUAAGUUUUUAACCAAGUCAAGACUCAUUGCCAUCUGUUGUCCCAUGUUCAUCAUAUCUCUUUAUGACGUACCUGACUGUGGAAAAAUGUAUACUUAAUAAAUCUGCAAUCUCACGAUUUGAUUUUUGUUGACCCCACAACAAAAGAAUUUUUUAGCAAGUUCCCAAACUCAAUUCACUUGUUUUCGGCAUGAUAGUUAACCAGUGAAUAAAGAAUUUAAAUCUAAAUGCUUUAGCAUUGUAGGAAAACAUUAGAUAGAUUAGAUAAUACUGGUGUAAGAAUUAAUAAAUAGUAAACAAAGGAUAUUAAUGAUAAUACAGAAAGUGUGCAAAUACUUUUUGCCAGAGGAUUUCAUUAUUUUUUUUAUUUUUCUCCAUUAAUUCAAAAAGUUAAUUAUUAUAAACAUAUAGAAUUGCUUUAGUUAUAUAUAUGUGAAGUUCAGUAGAUUAUUAUUUCCCUUAUGACCGAUAGGUUUAUAAAAACUGGGUGUGCAAAUAUUUUUUUCUGCCAUUGUAAAAGGAAUUAUGUGUCUCAAGUUUUUCAAUACCUUAUUGAAUAAGGUAUUGAUUAGUUAGUCAUAUAUAAUUAUAGAUAAAUACAAAAUAUAUAAUUUCAAAAUAAUAUUAGAUUUUUCUUUCAAUUCGAUUUUCUUUAAUUUAUCAUUUAUUUAAGCUCUGAUAUAAAAACAAAAAAAUGCUACUAAAAACCGAAAUUAUUGUUUCAAACUUAAAUAAUCAUAUCUAAAAACAUUUUUUUUUUCCAAAUAGACCAGUAAAAUAAAUUUUAUUUCAUCAUGUAGUUUAUAACAAAACAUCAGGAUGUAUAAUUUUUAAAAACUAAUUCAAAAGUAAUUAGAUGAAUUUUCC